UACCGAGAAAGAUGGAGAGGACCUCUUCGAGUAUGUCAUCAAAGAAAUUCCUGUAUCCAUCUCAGUGUGUACAUCAGGGUAUGACUUCAACGUACAAGGCAUUGUGUCCUUCCUGAAAGAUAUUAUGAAGUAUUAUCCGGAACUGAUCAAAGAAGUCAAGUUCCAUGCGCUACCGUACAACGAUCUCGAUCAUUAUGAAUUUCCAAAGGAAAACCCAGUUGAUGUGAUGCUUCUGUGCCACUCCAUCAACAACAGAGGGUUUAUAAUCACAGACGUCAUGGAUGCCCUGUAUAAUGAGUACCUUCCAUACUGUGCGAGGAUCGUAGGAAAGAACAAGAUGGGGGUGAUCGUCCAUGACUUUGAUGAUAUGAGAGAAACAGUUCAAUCAUCUCGCAUGGAUUCAUUCAAGUACAAGCAACCAAAGGCCUUCGAGACUACCAGCCUUCAGAUAACAUGUGGACACAUCAAGGAGAAAGAGCAGGUCCUAGAACAGAUGCAAGAAGUAGACCGAGAAAAGCUUCUUGAGUUCCUGAAGAAUGCGUCAAAAUGUCCCGAAGAAAUGGUUGCGAAUCCAAGCUUAUUGAAAAAGGCGUAUUCCACUCUUUACUUAUUCUGUGAAUCAGUUAAGGAGCAGGUAGGGGGCAGUCAAGAUAGCACAUCCGAAGGAUCUAGCGUGCAUCGAAGUGAAGCUGAACGAAACGAUCAUGGUACGUUUCGCAAUGCCGAAGCUCAGAAUGGCAAUAAAAAGCGAUUGGCGAAUGAAAGGCAGUCUUCAACGCAACCCAGCCAAGCGAGCAUGUCAAACGAAGAAAGCUACAUCCGGUGGUUCUCACCAGACACUUCAAGCUAGCGUGGAUGAAAGGGAACUAAAUCCAUCGAGGGAAGCAUCUCCCAUAGGACAGCAAAGACCAGGCACAUCUAACUUGGCGGCAGCGGCACACACCCAUAGUUUACCAUCGCCUCGUCGUAUCUCAAUCUCAGUCUGUUCUUCCGCCUACGAGCAAAACGUCCAAGGGUUCAUGUCCAAGCUUACCAAGUUGCUAGCCGCACAGCCUCAUAUGGUCGCGGACGUCCGUUUCCGAAGCCUACCGUACAACGACAUUGAUUCGUUCAGGUUUCCGUCAAACGACACCGUUGAUGUUAUGGUCCUCUGCCAUUCAGUCCAGAAUCGAGGGUUCUCAAUCACCAAUGUACUGAAUGCUCUCUACGAAAAAUAUCUGCAAUAUUGCCAUGAUGUGAUAGGAAAGAAGAAGCUGGCCGUGAUUGUUCACGAUUUUAGCGACUGCAAACCAAAGACCCUUGAUGUCAGGAUGGAAUCGUUCAGGAGGUCACAACCUUUGACAUUUGAGCUCGUUGACUCCGUGAUCGUAUGCGGUAGCCUGGGGAAACCAGGCAAAAUAAAAAUAAGAGAUGAAGAUAUGACACGACUUACAACCUUCUUCGAAAGAGCGAGAUUUGAACCAAAAGAGAACAAUGCCGACGACCAAUCAUUAAUAGAAAGCCUGCAAGGCACAUCCGGCGGUUUUCACCAGACACCACAAGCUAGCAUGGAUGAAAGGAACCAAAAUACACCGAGGGAAUCAUCACUCAUAGGUCAGCAAAGACCAGGCACAUCGGACGUGGCGGCAGCGGCAAACAACCGAGGUUCACCUGGCCAGCGGCCCAUGGCUUCUAGAAUGACUGUCACAUCUGCACCACAAGUGUCAACACCAUCGCCACGUCGUAUCUCAGUCUCAGUCUGUUCUUCCGCCUACGAGCACAACGUCAAAGGGUUCAUGUCCCAGCUUACCAAGUUGCUAGCCGCACAGCCUUAUGUGAUCGCCGACGUCCGUUUCCGGAGCCUACCGUACGCAGACAUUGACUCAUUUAGGUUUCCGUCAAAUGACCCCGUUGAUGUGAUGGUCCUCUGUCAUUCGGUACAAAAUCGAGGGUUUUCAAUCACCAAUGUACUGAACGCUCUUUACGAAAAAUAUCUGCAAUAUUGCCAUGAUGUGAUUGGAAAGAAGAAGCUGGCUUUGAUUGUCCAUGAUUUUAGCGACUGCAAACCAAAGAUCCUUGAUGCCAGGAUAGAAUCGUUCAGGAGGUUACAACCUUUGACAUUUGAGCUCGUUGACACCGUGAUCGGAUGCGGUAGCCUGGAGGUCCCAGGAAAAAUAGAAAUGAGAGAUGAAGAUAUGACACGACUUGCCAUCUUCUUCGAAAGAGCGCGGUUUGAGCCCAAAAACAAUACUGUCAACGUGCGGUCAUUAAUGAAAAGCCUCCGAGGAAUGUUCAAGUAAUAACCAGCAGAAACCAAAAAGGAAUCGAAAGUAGGAGAAGAAGAGGUAAAAUCGACGAGGGCGCAGAAAUGGAUAAUAUUUCACAUCUGUUACAAGUAAUUACUGCAACCCCUGACCCCCCCCCCCCACGCACACAUAAUCAUUUCUCCCCACUCAUCACUCACAAAAUUACGUGAUUUGUUAUCAUUAUACCCUGUUUACAUGACACUGUACAUAUGUCAAAGGUCAUUGUGAAUACCUCAAAGGCCAUCGUGCAUACAUCAAACGUCAUUUUACUUUCGCCUAAGGUCAUUCAUUAUAUAUCAACGUUUUUCCUUCCCACUCAACACACACUAUUUUAUGUGACGUCUUAUCCUUAUGGUUAACCAAAUCGUUAUCCUUGCCAUUAUAAAGAAUAGCCUAGUGCAAUCUUUUUCCUCCAUUUUUUAAACAACUUUUGGAGGGCUUUCAUUUGCUUUAGUGUAAUGUAGACUAUAAAACUCAAUACAUGUACCUCUUGACUCGAUUUGAUGAUAUUUUCCUGAAAACAUAACGCUUGUGACUGCCGCAUUGCUGAGAGUAAAUGUAAAUAUAUAUAUAUAUUCCUGUAUUAUUUCACUGUUGAUCGUGUACUAGGAACUGCUUUGCAUGAAAUGCGUAUAUUGGCUUCUCAUUAGAGUAUGGAAACGUUACAAUUGGAACUGUACCGUGAGCAUUAAGCAUACAACUACCGAUGAUGUAACAUUUUCACGACAUACUUAUAUCGACUUUAUAAUAAUAGUGAUACUGUAUUUCGCCCAUUUUGACCCUAAGAAUUUAGUAAGCUUAUUGUGCCAAAAUAUUAAUCAAUGCUUUGCCUUGAAAUAACUCGUUUCUUUUAAGCGUUUUCGUACACUUCGUGAUCAAUAAGUGAAUCGAUUCUCCAUGUCCUGUUGCCAAAAAAAACAGUGGAAUAUACUUUCUCUCUUGAUGGAAUACAUUUUGGGGAAACAGGAUUUUAUCAUUAACAAUCA